AUGUGCGUAUCUUCUUAUCCUCUCAACGGGGUUACUUUGGCCUCAUUCACGGAAGAACAUGGUAGUCCACCUCCCGACCCAGUAAAUCUACCUCUCCGCAAAGAUGACACACUAGCUAUUUUAUCUAGUUCAAGAGAUACAGUCAAAGCUCCAGAAGGAGCCUCUCUUUCACGAGAGAUCACAGCUCCGAAAAAAAUAACGUUGGAAAAAACAACGGCGCUCAAAGGUUGCCCCGGAGAUAUUUCUUCCUUCAAGUCUUCCAACCAAGGAAACAAAAGAAAGCGGGCGGAGGUGUCAAGUCUUGGCGCAUCUGAUAAACUGUCAGAGACUGUUGCAGAAAAUUUCGCGAGUUGUAUGCGCCAGGUGCCCAAGAUAUUCGAGCCCAUGCCAAGUGCUGCCACUGUUAUGGCUUGCCCACUUCCCCAGAUCCAGCAUCAGGGGCUACAACCUAAUGCCGAGAAACUCGUGUACCCAAUCGGAUACUACGGUCAGAUCUACGACCCGGAUGACAUUAGUGAGGUCCAGAAUCUCUACAAUGACAGACUUGCUGUUCGGGAACAGAUUGACUGGGAGUGUCGUCGAAUUGGUCUGCGACUGAUGCGUCUACGAGAACUACAGGCGCUCAAAGGCCGACGUGUCGAUAGUGGGCUAUCUGACGGCCCCUCUGUAUCCUCUAUUACCUCCUCCGAGAAAGAUGAUAUCUAUGGCUCACUUUGGAACUGGAAAAACAGUGAUGAUGACUUGCUGGAGCAAAUUCGGGACCUGAAGCUGAAGAGCAAGGAGGAUGAUGAGGGCCUUUGA